AUGAUCUUGCUGGAAUCUGAGAACCUUUUAAUCAAAGAUCUAUUGGGAAAACAUUUCAAUCAACCCGGCCCGGUAGAUCAAACAUUAACAGAUUUCGAUGGAGUGAGAUAUCAUGUCGAAUCAACAAAGACUGGUCCAUUAACCUUGAGUAUGGGCAUUCAUUGGUAUCAAGAUUUAGCACAAAAUGGUGCUUUUGAUAUUUUGAAACGUGAAUAUGGACCUUAUAUCAAAUCGGAAACAAAUGUCGGCUAUAAUAUCACACUCGAAUUCGAUCAAUCCAACAUCCCGGCCGAUCCUACAGCACGUACCGAAUUGGUUCGAUCUCUUUCGCUUCUCAAGAGAAACGCAAUGGCUGCACCUUUUGAACGUGCAUUCGCCAUUCAAAACAAGCUGGAAAAAGAAGCAGAAGCUGCUGCCGGUCAACAAUUGGAACCCGUCAAACCAGAAGUGAUGAUCAUUCGCUAUCGUGAUGAUGAAGCAUUUUACGUCAUCCCAAGUGUUGAUCGUGUGACUGUGGUCUUCUCUACUGUUUUCCAAGACGAGACUGAUCGUAUCUUCGGAAAGGUGUUCUUGCAAGAAUUCGUCGAUGCACGUAGACAGCCUUCAAUUCAAAAUGCACCGCAAGUUUUAUAUUCAAACAGAGAACCACCAUUGGAAAUUCGAUCGAUUCCCGGUUUGAGUAGAGGAGAAGAUGUUGGUUACGUCACCUUUGUCCUUUUCCCACGUCAUUUCACAAACCCAGAUGUCGCACAUUCUACUAUCUCACGUAUACAAUUGUUCCGCGAUUAUCUACACUACCACAUCAAAUGCUCGAAAGCAUACAUGCACAGCCGUAUGAGACAUCGGGUCGCAGAAUUCCUUAAAGUUCUCAACCGGGCCAAACCUGAACAAGCAGAGAAGGAGCGGAAGACAGCCAGUGGACGUACAUUCCGACGGGCUUAA